GGGGAGGAGAGCGGCGGUGCUGGAGGCUGAGCGUCUGGACUCUCGCCGGGCUUCGCAGAGGGUGGGAGUGAGAGAGCCACUGCCCUCCAGUCCGAACAGCCCUUCCGCUCUCCACCCUGUCCAUAGGAGUUGUGUUCACAGUGGCGAACGGUGACACGGUGGGACCGCGUUCACCUCUGUGGCCUGUCCUUGGUUGGCACAGCAUUGGGGACAGGGAAGAUGUUGGCUUAAGCCACGACGAUUUUGAAAAGAUGGUGGGAGGUGUGGGCCCUCCAUCACGGUAACACCGCGCCAGCCCCUUCAACCUACUCAAACACUCCUCCAGGACGUCGGUUUUACUAGCUUCAGAUAUUUCCAAGGUGUCCCCUGCAUGCGCGUCAUUGGAUCUCGGCGUCACCGUGUAGUAGGCUUUCAGAUAUUUGUAAUUGUUUAGAUAGUGGAAGUUGAGUUAAUCUUUAAUAAAUGAACUGCCCACUUGACUACACGGCGGAAAAUAGAUACCUCACCCACACAUGAAAAGUUUUGAUCAUUAGUCCAGAAUUGUGUUCUCGUUAAAACCUUCCAACUUUUGAGAAAGAGAGAUAUAUUUAGUUUUCAGUUUGAAACUAGGCAGGAUUGACUUGUCAUUUGGACCCGUGAGUGUGGGAAGCCAAGAAUUUAUACCUCCGAACCACUACAGCCUCCCAUUCUGAACUGCUAAGCUGAAAGGGCAAUAGAGGAGCUUCCCUAUUCACGUUAGCAAAUGUAAGACGGUGCUUACCAACACAGAUGACCCUAAGCCAAGCACUGCAUGCAGUGGAAAUACUCUUAACUCGUCUUUUCUCCUGAUGAGCCUGCAUAGUGCUUGUUUAAUCACUUGUUUCACUAACUGUAACCCGUGCCCUUAUUUAUACGACAGUUUUAACUCGUUUCGUACAUUGAAAUAUGAAAAGAGAUGGCAUUGUUUCCCCCUUUCUCCCCUGUAUUGCCUUUAGAGACUGUUGGGCCUUUUAGAAACAUCUUCAUCAUGGCUGACACUCAAGAAGCUACCAGACAGCACCUGGGUAUGAACCUUGAUGAGAAGGAACCUGUGCUGCUGGUGGACAGCAGCGUCAGCAGUGACUCUGAGCAUCUCCGAGUCACUAUUGGAGCCACUGUCCCUACUGGCUUCGAACAGAUGGCUGCAGGGGAAGUGAGAGAGAAACUGAAGUCAGCCUGCAGAAUCAGCAAAGACCGCGGAAAGAUAUAUUUUGAUAUUGCAGUGGAAAGUCUGGCUCAGGUUCAUUGUCUGAGAUCAGUUGAUAACUUGUUUGUGGUUGUUGAGGAGUUUAAAGAUUACCAGUUCAAAGCUACGAAGGAAGAAGUUCUAAGAGACUUUGAAGAACUGGCUGGAAAACUCCCAUGGUCAGACCCUUUAAAAGUCUGGCAAAUUAACACCACUUUCAAGAAGAAGAAAGCAAAGCGCAGAAAGGCAAAUCAGAGUACAGGUAAAGAGAAGGCUGACUGUGGACAAGGAGACAAAGCAGAUGAGAAAGAUGGUAAGAAAAAGCAUGCCAGCAGCACUUCGGAUUCACAUAUCUUGGACUAUUAUGAAAAUCCAGCCAUCAAAGAAGAGAUAUCAACCUUAGUAGGUGAUGUCUUGUCAUCUUGCAAAGAUGAAACUGGUCAAAGCUUAAGAGAAGAAACUGAACCACAGGUACAGAAGUUUAGAGUCACCUGCAACAGAGCAGGAGAGAAACAUUGCUUUACCUCCAAUGAGGCUGCGAGGGAUUUUGGGGGUGCUAUUCAAGAGUACUUUAAGUGGAAGGCUGAUAUGACCAACUUUGAUGUAGAGGUUCUCCUGAACAUCCAUGAUAAUGAAGUCAUUGUUGCUAUUGCACUGACAGAAGAGAGUCUCCAUCGCAGAAAUAUUACACAUUUUGGACCUACAACUCUUAGGUCAACUCUUGCCUAUGGGAUGCUCAGGCUUUGUGAACCUAAACCGACUGAUGUAAUAGUGGAUCCAAUGUGUGGAACAGGGGCAAUACCAAUAGAGGGGGCUACUGAGUGGUCUCACUGUUACCAUAUUGCUGGGGACAACAACCCACUGGCAGUGAACAGAGCAGCAAAUAACAUCUCAUCUUUAUUGACUAAGAGCCAGAUUAAAGAUGGAAAAACAUCCUGGGGUUUGCCCAUUGAUGCUGUUCAGUGGGAUAUCUGCAACCUCCCACUGAGAACUGCUUCUGUGGAUAUUAUUGUAACAGAUAUGCCAUUUGGAAAAAGGAUGGGAUCCAAGAAGAGAAAUUGGAAUCUAUAUCCAGCUUGCCUUCGGGAAAUGAGCCGUGUCUGUAGACCAGGGACAGGCAGAGCUGUACUGCUUACUCAGGACAAGAAAUGUUUUACCAAGGCCUUAUCUGGAAUGGGACAUGUGUGGCAAAAGGUCCAUACAGUCUGGGUGAACAUCGGGGGCCUUCAUGCUGCAGUUUAUCUUCUAAAGCGCACUGCUCAAGCCUUUGUUCAUCCUUCAGAUCAAGAUGAAGGAAGAGACCCUCCUUGGUAAAGAAAAGAAUGAAGACAACUUAAUAGUAUUUGUAGUUCCUAACACUGGAAAUGUCAGCAUAAAGAACUUGUUUUGGAAGAAAAAUAGCAGAAAAGUAACUAUUACAGUACAGGUUACACUGCUUUACUACUCCAAAAUGAUUUAUUUCUAGCAAGGUGAUUGUAAUGGUAUUUCUUAAGGAGCCUACACUGCUUGGCUUCUAAGUGUCAGAACACUUUAGGCCAUAUUCUAUUGCUUGUGCAACCUACUGUUCUAUGGUCUAAAUUCUUUGUAUCAUCUCAGAAACAGAAGCAUCCCUUAAGAUCUACAGUUUAUCAUCUGCCUUAAAAUAUACAACCUAAACAGAGCAAAGAUGAUUGUGUGACUAUUAUAGUAAGAUAUUACUAAGUAGUAAUAUCAGUAGAUAAGGUAUGGGACCAACAAGCCUAAUUAAAGAAAUUUCUCUUUUAA